GAGCUCGUAAGAAAGUGCCCCUAUGCGAAAUCUGAGCUUGGUUCCUCUACACAGCGUCGACUGCACUACACAGCCAAAUGUCUCGACUGUCGGGAAAAUGCCGUACUCUCAGAUUCAUGCAAAAAGCAUAUAUUUCAUCACAACAUUUCAGUGCACACCUUUCGAAUCUAUCCGGUCUCUACGCCAUAUUCUUUCUUUCAAUAUCUCGACAAUCGCUUCCAGGAAUAUGGGAGGUACUUGCAAAAUGAGCUCAUUUCUGCUCUGAACUCUGCGACUGGGACACGCGAGUGUGGUCCCGAAGAGGUGGCUGUCUGGAAGACGGGUCCUAGUGGAACUGAGGUCUCGGGUAGAAGCCAUUCAGUCAGGAACGAGUCGAAGGUGUGGCCGGUUGGGACGAAGACGAAGGGUCGUCUGAAACGAGGCAGUAGGACGUCAGCGGCUGGGAUGCGUGUGGCAACUGUACCGGCGGAAAAACGGAUGGGCGAGUCCGGCAGUACAAUGAGAGUGGAUAGAGAAGGCGACGACCGGGAGACAACCGAAGCGGUCGCCUGGAGCUCCGUUGGUGGGACGAGGUUCUCGGCCGAUCGAAAAGCGUUCUCCUGCCUCCCGGCUCCAACGCUCUGGUUCGACGCCCGACUGGACACCGAGACUGUUGGCGGAUGUGGAGACUCAGAGCAUCCGGUAAAGAAGGAGGCUCGAACGAAUACAACAGGGCCCGAAUGUGAUGGUGACACUCUGACGGCCACUUGCCCUCUUGGAGCAACCGACGCCCUUGGAAACGGUACCAACCUACUGAGCCGAGCAGGACAUCGACUUGCUAAUCUGGCAGACAUAUGCCAGUCGAUGAAGAUGCAGCUCAAUUUGAUCAUUGUAUGGGCCAAAGCGUUGCCUUGUUUUCAGCAGUUGCCAAUCAAGUCACAGGUAGGCAAUCAGAAGGACAGAAGUUGUACUGAUAGAUCCAGGGACAUGGAGCGACAUGUUGACUCUUCUUUUAAAAGUCGAGCACAAAAAUUUCUCUUGUUAAUAGGUUUUAAGGCUACCAGUAUAUCUGAUAUAAGAGCUGUAUUCACCUUAUUUUUUUUAAGUCGAUAA